AUGGACAACCUGGGUGAGACCUUCCUCAGCCUGGACGAUGGCCUGGACUCUUCUGACACAGCAGGCCUGCUGGCCUCCUGGGACUGGAAAAGCAGAGCCAGGCCCCUGGAGCUGAGCCAGGCAUCUCCUGCUCAGAGCCUCUCCCCGGUUCCUUCCCUGGAGUCGUACUCUGAGGUCGCACUGCCCUGCGGGCACAGUGGGGCCAGCACAGGAGGCAGCGAUGGCUACAGCAGCCAUGGGGCUGGUGGCCUAGUUGAGCUGGAUUACAGCAUGUUAGCUUUCCAACCGGCCUACCUACAAGCUGCUGGUGGUCUCAAAGGCCAGAAGGGCAGCAAAGUCAAGAUGUCCGUCCAGCGGAGACGCAAGGCCAGCGAGAGAGAGAAACUCAGGAUGCGGACCUUGGCAGAUGCCCUCCACACGCUCCGGAAAUACCUGCCACCUGUCUACAGCCAGAGAGGCCAGCCGCUCACCAAGAUCCAGACACUCAAGUACACCAUCAAGUACAUCGGGGAGCUCACGGACCUCCUCAACAGCGGGAGAGAGCCCAGGCCCCAGAGUGUGUGA